AUGUCGUCCGUGCUCGCGUCUAUCCUCUGCUGCUGCGGUCCACGAGAACGCGAAGAUGCUUCUGACGAGCCGGAUGAGAAUACGCGGCUUAUCGUGCCUGUUGACGAGCCAAUACCCCAACCACGACAUGCGGUCGACAGCGAGCGGAUGAAGGAGCGUCUCGGACAUAUCGUGCGCUCGAAAGAAGGGAAGAUGGUUAGCCUCCAAGGCUCAACCUCCUUCGCAGGUACCCGCAGCGCCUCCCGCGUGAGCGACGCCGGAGAAGAACACUCGCAGUCCGCAUCGUCCCUCUCGGCCGCCGACGCGGACGACGACCUGUCGCCCGUGCACGCGCCACCUACGCCGAAUGUGAGGGUUAUUAGAGGCGCGAUAAGGGGACGGCCGGCGGUGAGGAGGAUAUCGCCGAGUGGGCUGGGUGCAAGUGCGAGGGCGCAGGAGGCGGGGGCUGGGGCGGAGGCGGAGGGGAGUGGGAGUGAUGGUGCUGCUCAGCCUGAGGCUGGUCCGUCAACUGUUCAGCCAGUAGGCUCGUUAUCAGCAAGCUGGGGCGACUGA